AUGCCGGGGCUUUCGUCCCUCAAGGCAGCAGAAGCGUGGCGCAAGCUACUUCAUACGACUAAUGGAAUGGUGUACCAGUGGUGCAAGGAGAAUUCGGAAAACGGCACAGCGCACUUGCCUAAUCUGUGUGCGUCAGUCCUGGCACAAGCAGAAGGCAAGGCGACCCUUCAGCUGGAGGAAUCCCUUAUGUGGGCGGCAUUGACCGUUCUAUCAGGUGGCCUGGAUACGAAUAUCUCAACGAUUCUAUCGUUCAUUCUGGCCAUGCUGCAUUAUCCCGACGUGCAGAAGAAAGCGCAAGCUGAGAUUGAUGCCGUAGUGGGGAGCGGACGGCUCCCGCAAAUAUCGGACAAAUCGUCGCUACCGUAUAUCCGAAGCGUGAUUGCUGAGUCAUACCGCUGGCUUCCCGCCACUCCCCUAAGUGUCCCACAUGCACUGGACGAAGACGACAUCUAUGACGGUUCCUUCCUGCCCAAAGGCUCGAUAAUUAUGCCGAAUGUGUGGCACAUGCUACAUGAUCCUAAGAUCUACCCCGAGCCGGACGCGUUCAAACCCGAGCGCUAUGGCGGUAGCGAUAUCGAGAUGAAGAAGGUGACAGACAUCGCAUUUGGAUUCGGCCGACGCGCAUGCCCUGGAUUCUAUUUCGCCGAAGGCACAAUAUUCUCAAUCGUCGUGACCGUGCUGGCAACGUGCGACAUAGUGCCCGUCGUCAACGACCAUGGGCAAGAGAUUAUUCCCGAUAUCAGAUAUUCAACGAAUGUUGUACUUUGCCCUGAGGAUGUCAAAUGUACAUUUCGGCCACGGUCAGAGCAAGCCAAAUCGGCGCUCAUCGACAGCAUGACCGGUGUACUCUGA